ACCUGUUCUCGUGCAUUCUCGCGUUAUCCAAUAUGGAAACCUCCAUGUCGCCAAAAAUCUGUCCAAAAAAUAUUUUAAAUGUUGUGUUGUUUUCAUUCUUUUUUGUCAAUAUUUUUAAUGAAAUUUUAUGUGGACCAGCAACAAUAGACCCAUUAAAAGUUAAAAAGAAACCAGGGUAUAGACCGUCUACCGGAGGUUUACAGCCUGGAGAAAUAGUUUAUGAAGAUGUAACACCAACCACGGAUGAACCAGAAAAAGACUUCUACAUGUUUUCAGUAACUGACAUAAAAGGAAAAACCGUUUCACUAGAAGAAUACAGAGGCAUGGUUACCUUGGUAGUAAAUGUGGCAAGUGAAUGUGGAUAUACUGACAGUCAUUACAAAGCACUUGUAAAGCUUCAAAAUACACUAGCACCCAGUGGGAAGUUUACAGUAUUAGCAUUCCCUUGCAAUCAGUUUGGGGCUCAGGAACCUAAGGAUGAACCAUCAAUAGAAAAAUUUGCAAAAGAAAAAUAUGGCGUGAAUUUCCCUAUGUUUUCAAAAAUAAAUGUUGUUGAAAAGGACAUUCCUGAGGCUUGGAAAUUUUUAGAGGAUUUUUCAAGACUGGUUCCAAAUUGGAACUUCUGGAAGUAUCUAAUAAAUCCCAGUGGUCAUGUUAUAGCCACAUGGGGUCCCUGGAUACCAGUGGAGGAUGUGAUUGAACAGAUAACAGAGGCUGUACAUGCAGCAGCUGAUGACUUGGUUGUAUCUGACACAAUACACGAGGAACUGUGAUGGAGAACUGCUUUAACCACACCUCUGAUCCAAAUGUUGUAAUUUUUUAUUCCUUGGGCCUUGUUAUAUCUACUUGCAGAUCUCGCAGAUGCUGUAGUAUCAAUGCAUAUGUUACAUUUAAUAUUUCUGAAAUUAUGUGGGUGUACUAGAUCAAUUUUAUUCAGUCAAGAUAUGUUGAUAAUCAGUGCCAGGGUGCAGUUCCUUUGAAGGUCAAAUAUACUACAUACUGCAUGUCUUCCUAUGCAGUUUUUUUUUUUUUUAGAUCCAUUGCUUUUUCAGAUAACAUUUUCUGAAAAUAUGGAAUGUCGUUUGAAUUGUGGAAUCCAAUAUGUGAUAAACAAUACAAUUGUUCUGUUAAACUUAAUUUUCAUCAGUUUAAAAAUGCCGGUAAUUAUUUCAUGCUAAGAGUUCAAGUAGUACCGUUUAAUAAAUGUUUGCUCAUCUCGAACAACAAGAACUAGCAUAAAAAAGCACAAGGACAGUUUUUAUUUUUCUUUUUUAUUGAUACUUUUGUACUUUUGGUCAUAUAAAAACUGAAUGCUUAAA